AUGAAACAGCAAUACAGCAUUGGUCAUUGGUCACGCGCACCACACACCGGAUCACGUGCUCUCACAAGAUCUCGAGACUAUCGUCAACCGAAUAUGGAUGAGGACUUUGAUAUUCCGGUAGCUGAUGAGAUGAACGAUGAAUUUAUGGAUGAUAUUGAAGCUCCGGUGACGUUGAAAGUCGGAGAAGAGAAGGAAAUCGGUAAUCAAGGUUUGAAGAAGAAGCUGCUCAAGGAAGGUGAAGGUUGGGACACUCCUGAAAGUGGGGAUGAGGUCGAAGUUCAUUAUACUGGAACGUUGCUCGACGGGACUCAAUUUGAUUCAAGUCGUGAUAGGGGAACGCCGUUUAAGUUCACUCUUGGUCAAGGGCAAGUGAUCAAGGGAUGGGAUCUGGGUAUCAAGACCAUGAAGAAGGGUGAAAAUGCACUUUUCACCAUACCAGCAGAUCUGGCUUAUGGUGAAGCUGGUUCUCCUCCAACAAUCCCUCCCAGUGCUACUCUACAGUUUGAUGUACAACUGCUCUCAUGGGUUAGUGUAAAGGAUAUUUGCAAGGAUGGUGGGAUUUUCAAAAAGAUUGUAAAGGAAGGAGAGAAGUGGGAGAACCCCAAGGACCUCGACGAAGUUUUAGUCAAUUACGAAGUUCAACUUGAGGAUGGGACUGUAGUUGCAAAAUCAGAUGGAGUCGAGUUUAAAGUAGAAGAUGGUCAUUUCUGCCCUGCUCUGGCUAAGGCUGUAAAAACAAUGAAGAAAGGGGAAAAAGUCAUCCUUACAGUCAAACCAGAAUAUGGAUUUGGAGAAAAAGGGAAACCUGAAGGCUCUAUUCCUGCAAAUGCUACACUACAAAUCACACUAGAACUUUUGUCAUGGAAGGUGGUCACAAAUGUUACAGAUGACAAGAAAGUCAUCAAGAAAAUCUUGAAAGAAGGGGAGGGGUAUGAACGCCCGAAUGAAGGAGCUGUUGUUCAGGUGAAGUUGAUUGGUAAGCUACAAGAUGGUACAGUGUUCAUCAAGAAAGGUCAUGAUGAUUCUGAGCCUUUUGAGUUCAAGGCAGAUGAAGAGCAAGUGAUUGAUGGACUUGAUAAAGCUGUAAUGACAAUGAAGAAAGGAGAAGUAGCUCUUCUGACAAUUGCUCCAGAAUAUGCUUUUGGGUCUACUGAUUCAAAGCAAGAAUUAGCAGUGGUUCCCCCUAAUUCCUCUGUCACAUAUGAAAUUGAGCUUGUUUCUUUUGUUAAGGACAAAGAAUCAUGGGACAUGACCACGACUCAAGAGAAGAUCGAGGCCGCUGGGAAAAAGAAGGAAGAAGGAAAUGCAUUCUUUAAAGCUGGUAAAUAUUUGAAAGCAGUAAAACGAUAUGAAAAGGCUGCUAAGUUUAUUGAGUAUGAUACUAAUUUUGAAGAAGAUGAGAAGAAACAAGCAAAAGCAUUGAAGAUUACUUGCAAUCUUAAUAAUGCAGCAUGCCAGUUGAAACUCAAGGAUUACAAACAGGCUGAAAAGCUUUGCACUAAGGUGUUGGAACUUGAAAGUACAAAUGUAAAGGCUUUGUACAGAAGGGCUCAAGCUUACAUCAAUGUAGCUGAUCUGGAUCUUGCAGAGAUUGAUGUAAAAAAAGCCCUUGAAAUCGACCCUAAUAACAAGGAUGUGAAACAUGAAUAUAAAUUGCUAAAGGAGAAGAUAAAGGAAUACAAUAAGAAGGAUGCUAAAUUUUAUGGAAAUAUGUUUGCCAAGAUGACAAAACCCUCUUCCAAUAAGGCAGCAGGGACAAAGGAGGCAGAAGAACCAAUGAGCAUAGACAGCAAGGCUUAAUCAAUAAAAAGAUAAAAGAUAAAAGAUGUGUUUAAUGUAAUGUUGUGCCAUAAUAUAAGGGUUUUCUGGUAUUUUUUUUUUCAUGGUUUAGUGCUCUUAUUUGGUUUUAAUUCUUCAGAUAGUGUGUGUUUGUCUGGAAAAAAAGGUAAAAGUUAGUGUUUUAUUUACUUUCUUUUUAUCUUCACAUUUAGAAGUGAAGAUGUAGACACUGUAUUGGCAUAACAUAAUCUAUAAAAACUUUUAACUUUGUUUU